AGCUGGGAAUAUGUGUGGUGGAGAACGGCACGUUAUUACUCCCAUGAUUGUAGCAGAAUGGAAUUACAGAGCAGAGAAUAAAGAAAGGAGACAUGGUGUGGAAAUGAGAAAGCCCUCUCUGAGUUCAUAGCUCCCUCGGAUGACCAUGUGGACAUCUGACAAAGGAAACCUCACUUCUCCUUUGUUCGUGUUGCCAACUGACAGCUGACUGGCUAAGAUCUAAUUACUUCCAAGUGAGGUCAGGGAAAGGCAUUUAUUGAACAGAACUGCACAACAACAGGCUGAUGAUGCCCAGAAAAUCCCUCUCGUGUUAACACUUGAUUUAUGGAAACAAUUAUGAUUCAGCUGGAAUCUUCCUGAGCUGGGAUAUAGUCCACAAUGACACACAAGCUGCUGAUGUGAAGAGGGGAAAACAAUGGAUUGUUUCUGUGCACAGUCUGUCUUCAACGUAAACAAAACUUUACUAUCGUCAAAACUCUCUGUACAAGAGGAAAAUUCUAAUAGCAAAGAGGAUCAAGACAUUCCAGAGUACUACAAACUGAACUGUUUAUAGUGAAAAUUGACAGUGCAUCACUUCUCUGAAGAAGCUCUGGCUCAGCAUCAUAAACUUUCUCAGGAACGCUUAAACACAUUCUAAACUGCUAGUGCCACAAAUAAAAGAGAUCCAAGGUCACGGAAUCCAGGCAGAAGCUGGGACCUCAAACUAGCAACAUUCAUCCGAUUUGUCAUUUAAAUUGCAGCAUGUCGCUCAAGAGAACCCGGAGCAGUGCACUAUAAUGCGCAAAUGGAUGCAGAUAUGGAUCCUGCCAACUUUGUUGUACAAACUAUACUUUCAUUGUAUCCUUCUAGCAGGGAAUGUGUCUAUCGCUUGCAAUGACAUGACUCCAGAACAACUAGCUGCAAGCGUGAACUGUUCCACCAGUCCUGAGCGGCACACCAGAAGUUACGACUACAUGGAAGGUGGAGAUGUAAGAAUACGAAAACUUUUCUGUCGGACACAGUUUUAUCUGAGGAUUGAUAAAAAGGGCAAAAUCAAAGGCACGGUUAAUCCCAGCUGCAAUUACUGUAUUCUGGAAAUCAGAACUGUGGCCGUUGGAGUCGUUGCCAUCAGAGGUGUAGAAAGUGACUAUUACUUAGCAAUGAACAAAUCUGGGAAAUUAUAUAGCAAGAAAACCUGCAACGAAGACUGCAAUUUUAGAGAGCUUAUAGAGGAAAAUAAUUACAAUACAUAUUCUUCUGCAAAGUGGAUGCAUAAUGGCCAACAAAUGUUUAUAGCCUUGAACCAAAAGGGAGUAGCGAUUAGAGGCAAAAGGACAAAGAAAGAAAUUAAAUCAUCUCAUUUCCUUCCAAUGGCAAUAUCAUAACAAAGUAUUAUAAGGGCAUCAAUCCCAGUAAUAAAAGAUGUUCCAUCUCUGCACCUGUAUCACUGAAACCUUAACCACACAAGCUAAAAUACUACUGACAUCUGGAACAAGCUGGGCUUGCGCUUUGCUAUAAAAAUGUACCUAUCAUUUUGCACGAAUGUAUUCUAUUCAACCCAGUGUAAAAGGUGAAGUUUUGUAAAUUUAAUCUCGAACAUUUGUCUGAGAACCAAUUGCAUGAAAGUGUAUGUUUGAUCAAUCAAUCAAAUGUGUAAAGAAGACUAAGUAUCUUGUAAAACAAACACUUUUCUUAAAUCAUACUUUUGUGGUAUAAUGGUACUUUUAUUUCAUAAACUGUACUAGAUGCGUUUUCUAAAUAAUCAUUGUUACAUUAAGACACCUUGCCUUCAAUCUGAUACAUUUAUUCCUUGAAGAAGCACUGUAGACAAUUGUCGAAUUAAAUAUCAUAUAAUAUAUGAUUCUAGUGAUGAAUGUGUAGCUUUACAUACAGCAUUUAAUUUUGUAAUUCAGUAUUUCAAAGAGAUAAAAAUGUAGUUACUGUAGCAUUUUUGAUUUUCACAAGAUGGAGUUUGUUUGAUUAUCUUGUGAAUGAUCAGUGAUUUUGCCAUGUAAAUGUCUGGUGAAAAUAAUGAUUCUACAGUAUCAACAGUGCUGCUCAGCUCAAUAAAAGUUAAUGCUUUUUACAUGGAUUUGUCAAGUUCAUCGUUAUUCAAUUUCUGAAAAAUAUAGAUGCUGCUGCACCCGCUGAGUUUCUCCAGCAUUCUCCAGCAUUCGAUUUUCCAGCAUCUGCAGUUCCUUCUUAAACACAUGGCCGAUCUAUCGUUCUCUCUCAACCCUAUUCUCCUGCUUUCGAACGCGUGUCUCCUUACAGGUUGGCAGCAUGGAAAUCAGGCGAUGUUAAGCUCAGAAUACACAAUGGUCCCAACUGAUCCAAGUGCCCCAAAAAAGAAUGGCAUUAUCCUAUAUAAUGGUUACAUACAUUAUCCAUUGGAUGUGACAUAGAAUAAUAUCACAUUCCAUUGUAGACAUGGAAAUCACUUUGGGGUCAUAUGGGAUGAGCCCAGAGUGAUGUGAAAUGUCCCAGAUGUAUCACUGACAUGCUUCAUUCAUGAAAGAAAAAAAAUUCUAUUGCAUAAUUCUGGGGAAAAGAGCAGG